AUGGCAGACCCCGAGCUCUACACCUUCCCCUCUCCACUCGCUGGCUACGAGAACCUACCUCCUCUCCCCACAACCAUCAAUGCCGACGGAAAGUCCUUCUACAACCCUCCCGCCGAGAAGCUAAGCGACGCAUACGAGAAGUUCACUGCUCCUAUCGACAACACCGUCUCCCCCGGCGGCUUCGACGCCCACAUCUACUUCUACCAAAACAACCCCGCACAAGUCACCUAUGCCACUGAACUCUGGACACGUAUCCGGCGUGAAUUCCCCGAACUACGCAUCUACAAGAUCUGGGACAAGCCCAUCGGGCCGCACACGCUCGCCAUGUUCGAAGUCAACAUCUUCACGCCCGCGCAAUUCGGCGCGUUCGUACCCUGGCUCGUGAUCCACCGUGGACCGUUAUCGGUGCUUCUGCACCCCAACACAGACAACCCGCUGCGCGACCAUACCCAGCGUGCGACGUGGCUGGGGCGAGAGGUACCGAUCGAUACGGCGCUGUUCCGGAGGAUGCUGGAGGCGAAGGGGCGGGAAUAUCCGUCAAGGGAGUAA